AUGGCCCUGGCCGCCACCUUCCGGCUGCUCUACAGCAGCGAUGCGAGCCUGCAGCGCAAGGUGGAGGCAGCAGAAGAGCUGGUAACGACGCUGCUGGAUGGCUCGCAAGCAGAAGCCACGGCGGCGACAGAAGCGGAUGUGGCGGCGCUGCCACCGCUGGUGCGUGCCCACUACCUUCGCUCGCUGCUGGACUGGAGCUGCGCGGCCCUGACCAAAAAGGCGGGUGCACCACCUGCAUCCGGGGACGGCGGCGGCAAACCAGCCAAGAAGCGCAAGCAGCAGCAGGCGCAGCAGGCGGAUGGGUCCCACGCGGCGGCUGAGCUGCGGCCGCGCUGCUGGGCGGUGCUGACGGCGGUGCUGGGCAGCAGCAGCACGGCAGCCAGCCAGCCGCUGCCCGCCGCGCUGCUGCCGGCAGCCACCACGGCGAUGCAGGGGCUGCAGGAGGGCGCGCAAAGCGGGCAGCAAGGCACCCAGCUGCUUGCCCAGCUGGCGGCGCUGCUCGGGCUGCUUCAUGGCAAGUUUGCGGGCGGCUUCCGCCCCAGUAUCGAGCACGCCGCUGCCGCAGUUGAGGCCGCGCUGACUGGGCACGCAGCGGCAGCGGCGGGGGAAGGUCAGCAGCAGGCUUGGGAGCCGGUGGCAGUGGCGGCGGUGCGCCUGCUGCUGGCGGCCGCUGCGGGGCACCCCAACCAGCGCAAGGUGUGGGAUGCAGCAGUGCCCCGCCUGUUGCCGCUGCUGGCCCAGGCCGCCUUCCCCGCGCUCACCAGCAGCAGCACUGGCAGUGGAGAGCUGCCAGCUUGCUGCCGGCAGCUGCUGGGCAUGCUGCUGUUCCACCACCAGCAUGUCGCGGCGCUGGCCGAGGCAGCCGCCGCCGAGAUGGCAGCUGCGGUGGCAGAGGCAUCUGCGACGGGAAAGGAUGCUGGGCAGCCUGAUAGCGGGGAGGCGGCUCUCAGCCACCAGCAGCAGCGGCAGGGAGGCAGCUAUGCGGUGCAGCUGUUUGUGACGAUGCAGGCGGCAAUCACCAGCCAAGCAGGGCACCGCAAUCAGCCGCAGCAGCAGCACACCGAAGAGGCGGGAGGUCAGGAGGGCGGCAUUGGGGCCAGCACCAUCUCGACCUCUCGCCCGCUGGCAGCGGCAUCUGUGGGCGGCGGCAUCAGCGUGUCGGGCGACUUCCAUUUCUGGCUGGCGCUGCUGCGCACGCUGAUGCCGCAUGUGCAGCAGUUGGCGGAGGAGCAGGCGGCGGCCUCGUCCCAGCUGGCAGAUGCUGUCAGCGGCGUGGCCCUGCUGGCGGCAUGCCUGCGGCAGCACCAGCUGUACCGCCCUACCCAGGACCCUGCUGCCCACCAGCGCCUGCUGCUGCAGCAGCUGGCCGACACUGCGCUGCUGCUGGCGCAGCAGCAGCAGCAGCAGCAGCAUGACAGGGGGGCAGAGGUAGUGCCAGCCACGCUGGGUGUGCUGCGGGGCAUCCUGGCUGUAGAGCACCGCGUGAUUCAGCAGCAGCUGCCGCUGCUGUGGCCCCUGCUGCUGUGGUCCCCCGACACGGCACCGACCGGCAGCAGGCCCUAUGGCGGCUGUGGCAGCCAGGCGCACGUGGCCGUGGAUGUGGCCUGCAGCCUGGUGUCCGCUUUUGCUGAGCUCCGCCAGCUGGGAGUGCUGCUGAGGUCGCUGAUGGCGGCGCUCCAGCAGCAGCCCGGAGGCGUGGCGCCCCGCGGGCCGGCCACGGCAGUCCUGCACAGCGGCCGCUUCCGGGCAGCCCUGGCGGCAGCUGUGCAGGGGGUGCCCUCAGGGCAGGUCCCUCGGCUGGUACAGCUGGCAGCAGAGGCGGUACAGCAGCUGGCUGGCAGCGGCGGCGCCCAAGCCGGGCACGUGGCGGCGGCAGACCUGUGCUGCUGCUGCCUCGACAGCCUGCACAUCGACCUGACCACAGCGGGGGCGGCAGCGACGGCGGCGCAGGUGCUCGUCGCAGCGCUGGCCCGGCCGCUGCUGCCCUUGCUUCAGGCCUCUGGUGGUAGCGGGAGCAGCAAGGGCAAGGAGAAGACCCAAGGGGAGCUGCUGCCCGCGCUGCUACAGCUGUACCGCAGAGCCCUGGCGGUACAUGCCCACUGCGCCGCACUCCACCCAGAGCUCGCAGACAUGCUGGAAGCAGCCGACACAAGUAGCAGCCUGGGCACAGCUCUGCUGCAGGCAGCUGAGCAGCGGCUCGCGGUGCUGCACACGCGGCACCAGUACCUUACCCACACCUGCCCGGUGACGCUGCUGCCAAGCGCGCAAGAGCAGGCAGACCAGCCGGCAAACGGGCAGGCACAGCCCCAAGCGCAACAGCAGCAGGAGGAGGAGCGCGAGCGGGUGGUCAGCGAGCUGCAGCAGCUGGCAACGUGCAUUGCGGCAGCAGCAUCGAAGGAUGCAGCAGGCGGCAGCAACAACAGCAGCAGCAGCUGUGCAGCAAUGCAGGUUGCAGUGAGGGUGCUGCCACUGGUGCAGGAGUGGACUGCUUUCGUGGUCCCAGGCAAGCCCCAGCAGGAAGGGGAGGAGAUGGGCUCCAAGCAGAAGAAGAGGAAGAAGUCGGGGCAAGAAAGCACAGCGCUGGAGGGCGGCGGCGGCGGCGGCCAGCUGGCCGCGUUGCUGCAGCAGCUGGAGCGGGUGGCUGGAGGCAAGGAGCCCAAAGCUAAGGCCUGGGCGGCGGCGGUGGAAGACAGCUGCAGCAGCAUUGCCGGCCUGGCAGCUGGCAACGGCAAUGUCGGCGCCGGUGGCCAGGGCAAGAAGCGGAAGCAGAGUGCGGUGGAAGAUGGCAGCUCUGGAGCAGCCGCAGCCGGUGAUGGCCUGCUUGCGGUGCAGCGGCAGGUGACGUUGCUGGCUGAGCUGCCGCUGAGGCACCUGCCGGCUGAGGCAGCCGCGCGCAUGGCGGCCGUGGCAACCAGCAGCGUCCUGUGCUGCUGGCAGGGCAGCCUGGCGCUGGUGCAAGCUGGCAGCGCGGGAGACCAGGAGCAUGGAGUGGCGGCUAGCUGCGCGCUGUCGGCCUCCACAGCGUGCCUUGCACUGCUGGCACCCCUGGUGGAGGGCAGCAGGGGCGGCAGCCACUUGAGCCACCAGCUUGAGCUGCUGCCAGAGGUGCUGCAGGCAGCCCUGGUGGCAGCAGGCAGUGUGGCUAGCAUGGCAGCAUCAAGCACCGGCAGCAGCGCUGCACAGGUGCUGCAUCAGUCCCAGACGGCGGCCGAGCACAGUGGUAGAGUGAUGCAGGCUGUGUGCUCGGGUCGCCUGGCUGCCGGCAGCAGCAGCGCCUUGCAGCUGAAUGUGCAGCAGCUGAGCCAGCAGCUGUUGAGCCAGGAGCCGCAGCAACACCAGCAGUGGGCGGCGAGCGUGCUGGCGCAGGCAUGCCUAGCCACCUGCUAUGCAGCCGCUUGCAGAGGCGAGGAUGGCGUCAGCGGCAGCAGAGCAGGCGAGGACCUCUUGUGCCCCUCGAGCAGCAGCAGCCACCUGCAGCUUGAUGCCGGUGGUGCAGCCUUGGUUGGAGGCGUGGCGGCGCAGCUUGAUACGGCCAUCGCUGCCGCCUUGCCGCCGGCAGCAGCAGCAGUGGCGGCGGCAGCUUCAACCGACAGCUGGCAGCCUGCCCUCCUUGCAGCCAGCCUCUAUCGCAGUGCUGCCCUGCUGCUCAGGCUGCGCUGCUGCGACCACCCAGCAGCAGAAGCGCUCGAGAAGCACCAGGCCGGCGGUGAUAGCACCAGCAGCAGCUGCGUCAGCAUGCUGGCUGCCAGCCUUCAUGCAGCGGCUGGGCUUUUGACUCAGCAGCGGCUAUCUGCAGCAGGAGCAGGGCUGUUGGAGCCAGCACUGCUGGAGUAUGUGGCAGCUGCUUGCUGCCUCGCCGGCCGCAUGCGGCCCGCUGCCAGCAACAGCCACUAUGCCAGCCUGCUGGCGCUGCUGCUGCAUCUGCUAGCAGCGCAGCAACCUGAGGGCGCAGCGGACCCCGGCGGCAUACCUCCCACCCGCCACAUCAUCCCCUUUGCUGCUGCCUUCCCAGCAGCUGCUGCAGCCGCCCUCGCAGCCCACAGCAUUGCCGACGUUGGUGGCAGCAGCACAACAGUACGCCCGCUGCUGCUGGAAGCUCUGCGGGAGUUGGUGGCAGGCAGCAGCAGCCAGCAGCUGCUGCUGCCUCUGCGCUUUGUCGAGGCUUACCUGCCAGCGGCCGACAGCGGCAUGGCUCUGCCGCUGUGUGAGUGCCUGCUGGCGCUUCUGGAGGCCGGCUCCGGCGGCAACCGGCAGCAGCGGCUGCUGGGGCAGCACAGCGAGCGCAUGGUGGCGCUGCUGACAGGCUUCAUCGAUGCCGCUGCUUAUGGCAGCAGCCUGCCCGUGUGGCAGCAGCAAGAGCAGCGGCCGGUGCCGAGCCUGCCCCAGUUGGCCGCCGCCAUCCUGGCAGCCGGGGAAGGCGGCAGCAGCGACGGCAACGCCCCUGCUGCUGCGCCGGCCACGCCACCCAUGCAUGCCUCGGGAGAGCCAGCACCAGCAGCACCAUCACCCCGUGCUGCUGAGGUGGCGGCGCUGUGCACAGCGCUGCGCGCGCUGGAGUCGCUGGCGGCGCGCCCCAAGCUCUUCUACCUGCCUGCCUCAGCAGCAAGCAGCAUGCUCAGCAGCGUCACAGCAGUGUGGACGGCUUACGCAGAGCAGCCCCCCCAGCAGCGGCAGCAGGAGCUGGCAUCGCGGGGUGCCGCGGCGCCAUUGCUGCCAGGCUUCUGCUUCAGGCUGGGCACCAGCGGCGCCGCAGGCCUGUACUCCUCCUCCUGCCACCUUCUCCUGGCGAUGCUGCGGCACAGGCAGCAGGCGGUGCGCGCCCUGCUCCGCUUCCUGGUCGCCUGUGAGUUGUCGGCCAAGCUGCAGCAGCAGCUGCCGGGGCUGAGUCACGCAGUGGGGACGGCGCCAGUGCAGGCGGCACGGCGGCGGGAGCAUGGCUGGCGGGUCAAGUGCGCCGAGCUGCUCGCGGCGGUGAUGGCUGAGCUGGCGGGGCUCAAGGAGGUCGGUAUUGGCCGGUACUGCCCCCAGCUUCUGGCUGAUUACCUGGUCCUGGCUGCUGCGCCGCCCAGCGCCAAGAGCGCCGCCCUCCUGCAAUUCUCCAGCCCUGCAGCUGCACUUGCCGGAAGCGGCGAUGCUGCCGAUAGCAGCAGUUGCACUUUGCCAGCGGCUGCAGCGGGGGUGGCCGAGGAGGAUGUGCUAGCAGGGGAGCCGCUGCCUGAUGAUGCGGCGGCGGCGCUGCGGCAAGGCGCCUUUGCGCUCUAUGGCGCCUGCUCCGCAACAGAGAUCCAGUUCCUCUAUGCAUCGCUGGGCGGCGCUGCGGCGGGCGGCAGCGGCCAGCGUGGUGGUGCUGGUGCGGCUGCCAGCUGGCGUGCCGCGUUGUCGGCACUGAAGGGCGAGUACGAAAGGAGCGGCAGCCCCAGCUGGCGGCAGCAGCAGCAGCAGCAGCAGCCACACGGCCCUGCGGCAGCCGGCCAGCGUUACACAACACUCGUGAGGUGCAGCGUGGUGCCACCCGUCAACGGCGCGCACCACCUGCCGCCGCCACGCACGCUGCCGCUGGUGUCCACUCACGGAGCACGGUGCCUGACGAUUGGAUUGGCGGUGGAGAUGGCAAUGGAGAGUGGCGCCGUGAUUGACAGGAGCGAGGUGCAGGCCGCUCACCGCCCCUUCCGGACAGGUGGUUGGGUGGAGAGCUCGCAGGCGACGGCGAUGCGCAGCCGCGAUGCUCUUGGGGAGCUGGCGGCUCGCCUGUCAGAGGCAGCCAGCGGGUGA